UGAUCACGUGAUAGGUUGCUAGCCAAAUUGUUUAAACCAAUCCAGGAUCCAGGGCCGAGCCUCUUUUUCUUUCCGUCGACAACUGAGACAAGCAUUAUUGUAGAGACAUGAUGCAGAACACUUCAAGAUGAUACGAGCUUCAAAAUGAUGAUUCAAAGAAAACUUGUGCUGUUUUAUAACUUCUUAUUCAAGCAAGCUGACAUCAUAGGCAGUGUAUAAUUCACUUCAGUCGUAACUCCACAGCUAUGGAAUGCCGCUUGGCAGGGCUCCUGUUCACCUCCAAGUUUGACUCUGGUAACUUGGCCCGGGUAGAGAGAGUCAGUUCUGACGAUGAUGAGGACGGGACAGGCCACCGGGUGGGGGAUGCCAACGCUGCCCCGGACUACGAGUUUAACCUCUGGACCAAUCCAGACUGCGGAGGAACAGAGUUUGAAAAUGGCAACAGAACCUGGUUCCACUUUGCAGUGAAGGGUUGCCCCAUGAAUAAACUGAUCAAGUUUAACAUCAUGAACAUGAACAAGCAGGGCAAGCUCUACAAUCAGGGGCUAGCGCCGGUCGUCAAAGUCCUCCCACAGAAACCCAAGUGGGAACGCAUCCGGGACAGGCCCUACCAUGAGACUGUGGAUGGUCAGUUCAUUCUCUCCUUCACCUAUCGCUUUGAGUACCGCUUCUCUACGGUCUACUUUGCGUUCUGCUACCCGUAUUCCUACACAGAGUACCAGGACAAGUUCACUGAGCUGGACAACAAAUUCAGCAGCAGGAAUUAUGAUUCAGGCUGCCCUAACAGUGCAAUCUACUACCAUCGGGAGGUGCUAUGCCACUCCUUGGACAAGCUACGUGUGGACCUCAUAACCAUUUCAUCUUGCCAUGGACUAACCACAGAGAGGGAACCAAGACUUCAUAGACUCUUCCCUGAUACAUCUACAGAGAGGGCUAGGAAGUUCAGAGGAAAGAGGGUUUAUUUCUUGAGUAGUCGUGUUCAUCCAGGCGAGACACCAGCCAGUUUCGUCUUUAAUGGAUUCUUUGACUUCAUCCUGCGUAGCAAGGAUGAGAGAGCCAGUCAGCUCCGGAAGCAAUACGUCUUCAAACUGGUCCCUCUCCUGAACCCUGAUGGUGUCCAGAGGGGCUACUACCGCACCGACCAACGGGGCGUCAACCUCAACAGGGUCUAUGUGAACCCUGACCCCGAGCUCCAUCCGUCCAUCUUUGCCGCCAAGAGCGUAGUUCAGCACCAUCAUGUGAAUUCCAGAGUGAUGAGGUCAUCAGUUGACUCGGGACAAGGUAGGGGAAUUCCCCAUGGCCGCAGUGGGGAAACCCCUGUUAGUCAUGAUAGGGUGAGUGGGAAUGAAAGGACAGAGGGUACAGACAAUGCGGAGGAAGGUACAGAGGUGAGGGCAGAACUAGGGAAGGACAAGUUUGUCAUUGAAAAGAAAGGCGUAGGGGCUAAUGCAAUUCUCGUUGUGCACCGUGGCAACAAAUUAGACAACAGUUCACCACUGCUGUCUAAUGAUGAAGAGAAGAGAUACAGUCCUAAUGAAGGAGGGAUAAACUCAUACGGUGAUGGAUUGACGCCGAGUAAUGAUUUAAUGUUCUUGCCAAACAGUACCUCCCACAAUGGCAAAGAGAUUUCAAGGGACGAUGCAUCUGUGGACGAUUCUGACGUCGAAAGCGUCGUCGGCAUGAAGACGCAAACCCCCUUAUCUUGCAAUCAAUCUAACAACAAUGCACAGCAAGUAUUACCAGUAAACUGUGGGGAUACCGACCCAAUGUCUAUACCCUCGGAAGAAAGUGGUAUAGCAUUCUACGUGGACCUUCACGGCCACGCCUCCAAGCGCGGCUGCUUCAUCUACGGCAACUUUCACGAGGAUGAGGAACGACAGACGGAGAACCUCCUCUUCCCGAAGCUGAUCGCUAUGAACUCUGCGCACUUUGAUUUUGAUGGAUGUAACUUCACAGAGAAAAACAUGUACACUAAGGACAGAAGGGAUGGCAUGUCGAAGGAAGGCAGCGGCCGGGUUGGUAUCUACAAAGCAACAGGAAUCAUUCACAGCUACACUCUAGAGUGCAACUAUAACUCUGGUCGCUUUGUGAACUCCCUCGCUCCAGCCUCCAAUGAUGAAGGGAGGGCAUCACCGCCUCCCCUGGCUGGGUACCCGCCCAAGUAUGGACCCCAACAUUAUGAAGAGGUUGGCAGAGCAACAGCCAUAGCUGCCUUGGACAUCACAGAUACAAACCCUUGGUCUCGGCUGGCAGGCACAGAGAGUGGCAGCGUUCACGGUGUCAGGGCAUGGGUUCAACGCUACUUACGGAGCAUGCGCGGGGCUCCCUCACUGCCCAAGAAGAUGUCGAGGGUCGCUUCAAAAACAUCCAGUCUUGUUGCAACAGUGAUGACUCCCGCAAAGCCUAACAGAACAAAUCUGUUCCAAUCUGGCAACUCCGGCAACCAUGCAGGCACCAGCAACGCCACAAACUAUUCCAUUGCACAACAGAAUACAAGCAACAGUCCAAAGAGAAAUCUACAUUCCAAACCGUUAGGACCUGUAAGAGAAACCAGAGCAUCAAUGGAGAGGAGAAAGCAUCUAGCUACCCUUCAAGGGACCGGUAACUCAACAUCCACUGCAUCCUCGGCUGCUCCCGCCUCCACCACCACCACCACCGUGGGCGUGGCAUCCACCUUACCAUCAGGGGGGAGGAACUUCACCAUACCCCUCCCCCUGACCCACCACAAACAGUCACCACCAUCAACCACCAGAUCCCUCAAGGCCGGACCGGCGUGGGCACAUAAGAAGAACAAGUCUGACUCGGCGCUGGGAAAGAGCGCGGUCGAGUCUGGGGGCGGACAGAAGGAAUCAAGCAACCAGCUCUCGCCCCGAACCCUACUCUCAAAGUCAACCAAUAAUCUAGGGACGUUCACCCGCCAUGGAGGCCCUAUGGCGUCAAGCACGCUGCCCUCUGUUGUCACCGAGCUGCUGAACUCCGUCAUGAUCAAUGCGCUGGAGGGGUCCCAAGGUGGCGACAAGGAGCAGUCCCAUGCAUUCUCGACGGCGUCGACAGCGCAGCAAAGAACGGCGAUGUAUGUCAAGAACCAUGGGGCACCAUCUGCACUCUCACCUAAGGGCCACCAAUCUUUGUUUCCACGGCAACACAUGACAAUAGACCUUCGGGCAUCCUCAUCACAGCCCGCUCAACAUCAUGGCAACAUACAUGUGCAGGGGGAGAAGAGUGAUCUCAAAGCACUGGGGAGUCUGUGUUUACAUGAGGACAGUCAGCAGGACUCGGCCGACAAGACCAAGAAGAGACGGAAGAAGGUGAACGGACCGAAACGACGCAGCAUCUCCCACAGCCCUAGCCGCAAGUCCCAGAAGAACUCCCACCGGGCGGCGCUGACCAAGGGAGGUAAGCACAGCGGGACAGACAGCGACCCUGAGCGAUUGAUGAACCGCAGAACAACGGAACGGACGAGGCAGAGGUCACUUACAAGCAGCCUCUCAGAUCCUACACCUAACGAUUUGCACCCGAUGUCUGAACACACUACCAAUUUUGCAUCUCACGGGGACCGUCGGAGAGACAGUACACCAAAGAGGAGUCGCUCGAUUGGCAGUAUGCAAGAACCUUCCUACCUUAAAUCCAAAGUAGGAAGCCCGAUCAAGAAAUCAAACUCCUUCACUGGAGGACGGAGAGAUUCCAGUGUUUCCUACCAAGUGGUUGAACUGAACGAGUUACUGCAACGGCGGCAGUCUCAGAAAACACCCAUCCCAGUCAAGAAAAUUGGUUUCUGGGUAGAUUUCUAGCCCUCUAUAUUUGUCAUCAUUGGCUUACUGAGUUGCUAGUUACACCCGUAGCUAGUAAAGAGGAGAUAGGUGCGCCACAGGAAGUCACAUUCAUUCAUAGGUCAGAUUUAUGGGUCACAGAAAACACCCAUCCCAGUCAAGAAGAUUGGUUUCUGGGUAGAUUUCU